UCACGCCACGUGUCAUGCCGCACGUACUUCGAAGUUCGUACCAUCCCCUACAAAUUUCCCACUGAAUAGCUUCUUCCCCUUCCCAUUUCCGUGGCAGCCAGCAACCACUCUCAGCCCUUUCACUCCACUGCUACUGAUUCCUACUCUUCCACCAUCAAAGGGGGGAUUUGUUGCAGUUACAUUAUCAUAAUUCAUCAAUGGCGACCAUCACCGCUGCGCAUUUCGUGUCGAGAACUUCCCACGUCAGCUCGGAGGCCAAGCCGGGUCCCGUGGGACUCCAGGCACAGAGCCUCAGCCACCACGGUCUCAGGGCGGCGAACUCGCUGGACAAGCUGCAAAUCCGUACCACGGCGACGGCGAUGAGGAGAAGAGCUGUGAGGAAAUCUCAGGCGGCCACUGAAUCGCCUUCGUCUGCCAAAAUUGUGUGCGGAGCAGGGAUGAAUUUGGUGUUCGUCUCCUCCGAGUGUGGGCCGUGGAGCAAAACCGGCGGUCUCGGUGACGUCCUCGGUGGACUCCCUCCUGCAAUGGCCGCCAGAGGACAUCGGGUGAUGACGGUCUGCCCUCGUUAUGACCAGUACAAAGAUGCUUGGGACACCUGCGUCUUCGUCGCGAUUCAAGUUGGGGAUAAAGUCGAGACGGUUCGCUUCUUCCACUGCCACAAAAGGGGAGUAGACCGCGUCUUCGUCGAUCACACUUUGUUCCUUGAGAAGGUAUGGGGAAAGACUGGAUCCAAGAUCUAUGGCCCUACCACAGGAAUUGACUUUAGGGACAACCAGUUGCGUUUCAGCUUGCUCUGCCAAGCUGCCUUAGAGGCACCAAGGGUUUUGAACUUGAACAGCAGCAAGAAUUUCUCCGGGCCGUACGGGGAAGAUGUUCUCUUCAUUGCUAACGACUGGCACACGGCUCUGCUCCCUUGUUACUUGAAAACCAUGUAUCAGCCGAGGGGGUUCUACACAAAUGCUAAGGUUGCCUUCUGCAUCCACAACAUUGCUUAUCAGGGACGAUUUGCCUUUGCAGACUUCUCUCUCCUCAAUUUGCCGGAUUCCUUCAAGAGCUCCUUCGACUUCAUGGAUGGAUACAAUAAACCAGUGAAAGGAAGGAAGAUCAACUGGAUGAAAGCUGGGAUAUUGGAAUCCGACAGGGUAAUAACUAAUAACUGUGAGCCCAUACUACGCCCAGGAGCUGGUCUCGGGAGAGGAUAAAGGUGUCGAAUUGGACAACGUCCUUCGCACCAAAACCGUCUCGGGUAUUGCAAACGGCAUGGAUGUUCAAGAGUGGGAUCCUGCGACCGACAAGUACAUUGAUGUUAAAUACGAUGCCACCACUGUUACGGAUGCAAAGCCAUUGUUGAAAGAAGCACUUCAAGCAGAAUGCGGAUUGCCUGUGGACAGGAACAUUCCUGUGUUUGGAUUCAUUGGCAGAUUGGAGGAACAGAAAGGUUCAGACGUUCUAUGUGAGGCUAUCCCUCAGUUGAUCGACGAGGAUGUGCAGAUAAUAAUCCUCGGCACGGGGAAGAAGUACAUGGAGGAGCAGAUUCAGCAGCUGGAGGAACUGUACCCUGACAAAGUCAGGGGAGUGGCGAAAUUCAACGUCCCCUUGGCCCAUAUGAUCACAGCUGGGGCUGACUUCAUGUUGGUCCCCAGUAGAUUCGAGCCUUGCGGUCUCAUCCAGCUGCACGCCAUGCGAUAUGGAACGGUCCCUUGCGUAGCUUCCACUGGCGGGCUGGUGGACACAGUGAAAGAAGGUUACACUGGAUUCCAGAUGGGGGAAUUCAGCGUGGAAUGCGAUGCCGUGGAUCCAGCCGAUGUGCAGAAAAUAGUGACUGCUGUGAAGAGGGUGAUUUCCACAUUUGGGUCACCGGCAUUGGAAGAGAUGAUACAGAACGGGAUGGCGCAGGAUCUGUCGUGGAAAGGGCCGGCAAGGCUGUGGGAGAAGAUGCUGUUGGGUUUGGGAGCCGCCGGGAGUGAGGCCGGCGUUGAAGGUGACGAGAUUGCACCCCUUGCCAAGGAAAACGUCGCCACUCCUUGAAUAUCGGCUCCCUCAUGAUAAGUUGAAACUCGUCGGAGAAGGAGGUGAUCGCCGGCGGUUAGUGACGAAAGAGAAGAAUGUUCUGUAUUUAAAGUAGGGUAGCAGCUAAACAAGAUGACUUAACUAACUUUUCUUCAAAAUGACCCAUCCAUGUGAUAUCCGGCCCAAUCUGAAGUGAAAUGGGUCGGCCGCCUCAUUUCUCCUUUACUGGGCCCUGGGCCCAAACAAAUUAUAUCAGGCAGCGCCGACCUCGCGCGUCCCCCAUAGCAGAUUGGCUCCCACUCAAUAAUAGUAAACUAUUAUAAAUAUCCCUCCGUAACGAAUACCACCAAAAGAUAAAUAAUAAAAUAAUAAUAUCCCUCAACUGAUUUCUCUUUUUUACUUUCCUUUUCUCCACUUCUUCUUCUUCGUCUCCUUCCCCAACUUUACCUUCCCAUACCCUAAUCAGAGUUCAGACCACUCACUCACUCCCUCACUUCACUUCCCCUUCUCCGAUCUCCACUCUCUUCUUCGCCAAAACCCACAUUCACCCACCAGAGAGAGAGAGAGAGAGAGAGAGCAAGCAAUCGAGCUCACUUCCAGACGAAGAUGAAGCACGAUACAUUCCUCCCCCACUCUGCUGCUCUGCUUCUUCUGCUAUUCUCAGUAUCAGCUACCCUGGUAGAUUCGAUGGGGAUCAACUACGGCCAAAUCGGCAACAACCUCCCAAAACCAGAGGACGCCGUCCCGCUAAUCAAAGCCCUCGGAGCCACGAAAGUCAAGCUCUACGACGCCAGCGCUCCGGUCCUCCGCGCAUUCGCCCACACCGGCGUCGAAUUCGUCGUCGGCCUGGGCAACGAGUACCUCGCCAAGAUGCGAGAUCCAGACAACGCCCGGACCUGGGUCAAAUCCAACGUCCAGACCUACCUCCCGGCCACCAACAUCACCUGCAUCACCGUCGGCAACGAGGUCCUCACCAUGACCGACGAAUCCUACAUCCCGCACCUCGUCCCAGCCCUCUAUUCCAUCCACGCCGCCGUCGUCUCCCUCAACCUCCAGAACCAGGUCACCGUCACGACCCCUCACUCCCUCGCCGUCCUCCAGUCCUCCUACCCGCCUUCCUCCGGCGUGUUCCGGCGAGAUCUGACCGGCUGCAUCACCCAGAUCCUCAAUUUCCACGCCAACACUUCUUCCCCAUUUCUAAUCAACGCUUACCCUUACUUCGCCUACAAGGACAGCCCCAAGCAGGUCUCGCUCGAUUUCGUCCUGUUCCAGCCGAACCAGGGCGUGGUCGACCCGGGUUCGAAUCUCCACUACGACAACAUGCUGUUCGCCCAAAUCGACGCCGUCCAUUACGCCGUUGCUGCCCUAGGGUUCAAGAACAUGCCGGUUCACAUCUCGGAGACCGGGUGGCCGUCGAAAGGCGACGCCGACGAGGCCGGCGCGACCCCCGAGAACGCGAAGAAGUACAACGGCAAUCUCAUCAAGACCGUCUGCAAUAGGAAGGGGACUCCAAUGAAGCCCGAUAUGGGCCUGAACAUUUACGUGUUCGCGUUGUUUAACGAGAACAUGAAGCCCGGCCCAACUUCCGAGCGGAAUUACGGCCUGUUUAAGCCCGAUAGGACGCCCGUUUACAACAUCGGGAUUGACCUGUCGUCGAUUGGCAGCGGCGGCAGCGGCGGAGGCGGGAACAAGACCAGUCCCGCUGCCGGAGGAGGAAGCAGCAGCUCGGGGAGUCCACCGUCGGCGCCGGAUAAUGGUCCGAGUGGGUACUUGGCGAUUUCGAGCGGGACCACGAAGGUGAGCAGCAGCAGCCUGUCGUCUUUGUCGUUCACAUUGGUGGGAGGAAUAUUGUUGCUUGCUGCUCGCCUUUUGUCCGCUUGAGGCGGUGAUUUAUUGUUCCCAUCCCCAUCACCACCAUUUUUCUUUUUUGCUGGGGAGGACCGAAUUUGCGACCUGUUUUUGCUCAUGUGGGCAUGUGCGGCAAUGUCGCAGGACCAAGAUCUGAUCAGCCGAUCUGCAGAGAGAAGAGAGAGAUACUGUUGUUGGAUUGUGGUUGGAGUAGUGUAGUUGCACUUCCUGCAUUUAUAUCAUCGGAUCAUUAUUAUUAUUAUUUUGGAGUAGUGUAGUGCACUUCUUGCAUUGAUGUCAUCAGAUCAUUAUUAUUAUUUUUUGGGAUGAAUUUAUAAUGGAUGCCAUCAUAUUGUUUUUUAG